CUUCCCCUCUUGCGUUCUCUCCCCCCCGGGGGGAUUUUUGCCAUUUUCCCUCCGCCCCGUCCCAACUUUAGCAUGAUGUCUUAUCUCAAGCAACCUCCGUACGCCGUCAACGGCCUCAGUCUCACCACCUCCGGCAUGGAUCUCCUCCACCCCUCGGUCGGCUACCCGGCCACCCCUCGCAAGCAGCGGAGGGAACGCACCACCUUCACCCGGGCUCAGCUGGACGUCUUGGAGGCCCUCUUCGCCAAGACUCGCUACCCGGACAUCUUCAUGCGGGAAGAGGUGGCGCUCAAAAUCAACCUCCCGGAGUCCAGAGUCCAGGUGUGGUUCAAAAACCGUCGAGCCAAGUGCCGCCAACAACAGCAGCAGCAGCAGAACGGUGGGCAGAACAAGGUGAGGCCCGCCAAGAAGAAAAGUUCGGCUCGAGAAGUUAGCUCCGAGAGUGGGACCAGUGGGCAGUUCACACCGCCUUCCAGCACCUCAGUCCCGGCCAUUUCCAGCAGCAGCGCUCCGGUGUCCAUCUGGAGCCCUGCCUCCAUCUCCCCACUCUCGGACCCCAUGUCGACGUCGUCUUCAUGCAUGCAGAGGUCCUAUCCGAUGACCUACACUCAGGCUUCAGGCUACAGCCAAGGGUAUGCUGGUUCCACCUCCUACUUUGGAGGGAUGGACUGUGGAUCUUAUCUUACCCCUAUGCACCACCAGCUCCCGGGACCAGGGGCUGCCCUGAGUCCCAUGGGCACCAACGCCGUGGCCAGCCACCUCAACCAGUCUCCAGCUUCCCUCUCCACCCAGGGCUACGGAGCUUCCAGUCUGGGCUUUAACUCAGCUACUGAUUGUUUGGAUUAUAAGGACCAGACGGCGUCUUGGAAACUGAACUUCAAUGCUGACUGCUUGGAUUAUAAAGACCAGACCUCCUCCUGGAAGUUUCAGGUUUUGUGAAGACGUGCGCAGGGACCCUUUGUAAUAAUCACAAACUGUGGCGGCGACGGUUAUGAAGGAUGACGAUGACUUUGAAGGACACGAGACGAAGCCCGCAGAGGGUUGAACAUUUCAAGGAUAGCCAGGUCUUCGGUUUAAAUUAAAGCGGGACACAGACAGAACGUCAGAAACUGAAAGAGAAGGAAAGGCAGUGGCCAGAAUGAUUUUCCCCCUCCCCUCCACCCCAUUUUCAUGUCUCACUCAGAAGCUCUGGGUGGGAAGACGGAAGGAAGGUCACCGAAUGCGGACAGAGAGUUGACUUGCAGAACCGUUCUGCUUUUUCUAGUUUUAGCCACUCGCUGGUUUUCUUUGUCUGGAAUCUUAUUCCAACCAAGGGCCAAGUUAUCUAAGGGUAGGGGUGGGAUUGGUUUCUUCUUCUUCUCCUUCUGUUCCUCCUCCUCCUUCUCCUCCUUCGCCUUCUUCUUCUCCUCCUCCUCCUCCUCUUCCUCCUUCUUCUUUUCCUCCUCCUUCUCCUUCUUUAUCUUCUCCUCCUUCUUCUCCUUCUUCUUCUGUUCCUCCUCCUCCUUCUUCUCCUCCUCCUUCUUCGCCACCAAUCCUCCUUCUCCUCCUCCUCUUCCUCCUUCUUCUCCUCCUCCUCCUUUUCCUCCUCUUCUACUGAAAUGUCUAACUUUUUCUCUACUCUUCUUUUGUAUCUGUAUGGAAAGAAUGUUUCUCUUCUCUCUUCCCAUUUCCAAAUUGUCACCCAAGUCUCGGUUAAUUUUCUUUUAAUGGAUAACCUCUCUCUCUCUCUCUCUCUCUCUCUCUCUCUCUCUUCCCUCUCCCUCCCCCCCCCCCACUGGGGCCCAGGGUUGGCAAAGUUGACCACCAUUUUUAAAAACUCAGUUCAGAGCUAUGUGGGUUGUGGGAGUGAUUGUCUUAGAUGCACUGCUUUAUUUAAGAGGAAAGGAAAAAAAGAAAAGAAAACCCCCGAAUAAUGUCCAUAAGGAGUCAAUAUGUAGUUUUUAAGAGACAAUCAGUGUGUGUCUUAUAUAAAUGGUACAUCUGUGUUUUUUAAAUCUGUGCUAGACUUAAAAACUGUGAUCUCCUGUAUUGUAUGCAACUAGGAGCCCCACGCCAGCAGGGGUUCCGCUGUGAUUUUAAAUAGGUUAUAAUUAACAGUGAAAUUUGAGCCACUGAGUUACACACCAUUUCUUUCCCUCCCUCCCCUCUCCCUCCCUCCCUCUCAAUUGCCUUCCUCCAGAGGUAAACUGCACUGAAAAAAAAAAACUUUCUACAAAUGAACAAAUGAGCUGCCGCGAUGAAAAAAAAGAGAAUUAAUUAAAACCAGUCAAUUAAAAAAAAAAUUACAGAAGGACUUUGAAAACUCAUCUGUAAAACUCCUCUUGCUGUUUGGAGAUUUAGCAGUAAAGAGGUGGUGGUGGGGGGAGAAUAUUUAAGACAGUGGUCAAUUGCUCUGACCUUGAAUUUCCUCAAGGAGAAAUCCGUCGUAGCUUUGAAAAAAGGCUCGCAGAUGUGAAAUUGAAGAAGAGAGAAUAUAUAUGCAUAAACCUUUUUUUUUUCUUCUCUGGAUUGGCAGAUAUGUAUAAUUAUAUUAAAAUGGUUCUAGCACAACGGCUGGGUGACGGUCUUCCGCAUUUCCUCGCUGGGCAAAGGGGGUUUCCUUCGAAGGACUUCUAUGUAUCGAAAUACUCCCGCGGUUCAUAAACCCCCCCUCCCUCCCCAAGUUAGCUGAUGGUUUGUAUCCCACGCAGAAUACAGAUGUUUGCUUGCUUGCUUGCA